AGCUACGUAUAUUCUUCCAGCCUUGAGGAGCCCCACUUCGUCGACCGACCGAUUACGCAAGUGACGUAGAAUGUCCCAGGAAAUAUCCUGCUGUGUCUCUCAAUUAGAAGCGCUGAAAGUCAUUCAAGAUGGUGUUAGAAACUAUCUCCAAGAUGAUCAAAACGCAACUUCCAACCUACCUCAAGAAACUACCCAUUCCAGAUACAAUCGGCGGCUUUGCGAGUCUCACAGUUUCAGAGUGGUUGCGGCUCCUACCCUUAUUGGGGAUAUUGGCUCUGUUGGGUUAUCUGACCAUCCGGCCCUUCCUACCUAAAAAGCAAAAGCAAAGAGACAGUCUAAUAAAUCUGAAGAUCCAAAAAGAAAACCCUAAAGUGGUGAAUGAGAUCGACAUAGAGGACCUGAGGACUCCAAAUGUUUGCUACUGCCGAUGCUGGCGAUCUAAAACGUUUCCCGUUUGCGAUAAAUCGCACAUAAAGCAUAACGAACUGACAGGAGACAACGUUGGUCCACUUAUUCUCAAGAAGAAAACUCUGUAGCCCUCCUGCUUUGGCCCAUAUUAAAAACAUAUUUUCUCCACUGAAAAGACCUGCUGUAAUUUAGUUUGUUGUACUUACCCAAAACUAUUUCCAACUUUUGAUUGUGGUAUCGAUACGCAUAGAGCUCGCAAUUUAGACUUUAAUCCUCAAGAAAUCGUGGUUGAUCUGAGAGAUUAAUUGGUAAAUCCUUUACAGUAAGGUUCCAUUAGUUCAUGUAAUGUAUUAACUAACAUGAACUCACAGUGAACAAUACAUUUAUUGCAUUGACAAAGACAGUUGUUCUCUGUUCGUUAAUCUUUAUUAACUAAUGUAAACAAGCACAACAUUUGAUUUUAAUAAUGCGUUAGUAAAUGUUGGAUUUAACAUCAACUAAGAUCAUAAAAUGCCGUAGAAGUAUUCUUCAUUCUUAGUUCAUGCUAACUAAAGUAGAUAAAUCAAGUUAACUAAUGAACCUUAUUGUAAAGUGUCACCGAUUUAUUAUAUUGAUUACUUUUUGUUAAAAUGCUCUGGUGUGUUUACUUUUUUUAUACUUGGCAAAUGUAGUAGAUUUUUGUGUGCAAUAUACCUUGGCCAUGAGGAAGAACAGUCAGUCUUUGUGGCCAUGAAGAGUGUCUUUUCUAUUCUUAAUCUGUAUCUAGAUUCAGUUUGAACGUUACGUUGCCUUUUACUUUUCCUGUUUAAUUGUCAUGUGAUAAAACGUUUUUAUGAGACAACACGAAAAAUCAAAUUCUUUCAACUUUUCAAUGUGAAGUACAUUUAUUGGGAUUAGUUUUUGUUGUUUUUACUUAUUUGCUAUUUUAUGCAGAAUUAUUCCUAAGCCGACAAGAGUUGUAUAAUGCCUGCUAAAUUAUUUUAAAGUUUCCAAGUGCUGGAUACUAAACUUGACUAGUGUUUGCGUACGUAGCCAUUUCACAUUGCAUUCGAUUAUAACAAAAGCUUUGGUCAGAGCUUUUGUUAUACAUUAUUCAUAUAUUACAAUAUUUAUCAUAAUGUAACAAAGAAAUGUGGCCUCUUUUUUUACUUCCAGCUGAACCAACAUGCUGCGACAAUUACAAUUCAUAAUACAGGUGCAUUCAUUGCUAUUCAAAAUAGUUUGACAAUCCCUUGUUUCGUUUUUUUUUUUUUUUUUUUUUUGUGCCACGUUUCAUAUUUGAUGGCUCCUGUUCAUAAGUGUUUUCAUAAAAGUUACAUGUAUGUAUGGUAACUGGUAUGUGCCAAAUGACUUUUAUAAAAUAAAAGGUAACCAACUUAUUUUACAUCCCUGAUUUUUUCAACUCUAAAUGCUGUUUUUGUUUUGCGUAUUAUCUGCUGUUUUAAUAAAUAAGUGUGAGUGGCGGAUAUGUGAUGCCAUGCUAACAGUC